AUGGUAGGGACGGAGGACGGUGGAAGUGGAGACCAGUGGUUGAGGGAAGAGGUUGAGGAAGUGGAAGAUGGAGAGUGGACGGCAUUGUACAGGUUAGAAGCAGCCACAGACAAGGAGAGGCCACCGAAGCCUGCACCGGAGUUUCUGAAGCCAAAGGUUCCGAGCCAAGUGCAGCCUUCCUGGCUCUCACCCCUUCAGUGGCUUUCGCAAGGCGCCAGGGACGUCCCAGGUGAGGAGGCCGAAAGAUACGAGAGUGAGGCACAGUCUUCCGAGAGCACCGUGCCACCGCGCGGCCCUUCUUCGCCCCCCCUGCCACGUUUCAAGCUCAGCCGUCCCACGUGGCCGGAGCCCGAAACAGAGAGCUCCAGCCAGGAGUCCGGAGUUGUGCGCUUGAAGUACAGACCCUUCCAAGGCGGCUGCGCGUUUCAGGAGGUACAGGAUGCCCAAGACUCCAAAGACUCCGAGACUUCGCAGUGCUCACAGCUACAGCACUGGCAGCAGCAAGCGAACCGGCUGGCUCAGGAGAUGCAGCGGCCCACGCCCGAGCUGAAGCCGCUGGCUCGCGGCACAUGUGGGGAAGCUGGGGAGUUCCCCAGCUGGCCCAAUGGCCUUCAUGGGCCCCAAGGGCCCAUGCAGCACUUCUACCCAGACUACUCGGACUCGGCCACCUCCGCCGACAGCCUGCCUCCGAAGUUCGCGCGCCCGAGGCCUCCCUGGAGUCCAGGUGCCUCGGGGUCCCUGGGCGGCCUCGCAAGCUCGGAGAGCUCCGCCCACAGCGAUCCCCAGCGGGUGGAGCAGCUGCAGGGCAUGCUGUGCCACCAGCUCUCCGAGCUCGUGCAGGUGCAGCAAGCCUGGUACAAGUUGCUGUCUUCGGCGUGCAGGCAGCAGCAAGAGCAAGCCGCCACACAGACGCAGCAAAGCUUCUACCACCGGCCUUAUGAUCGCGGUGCCCGAACUCAAGCAGGCCCAUGCGCCCAGAGCCACUCCCUGGCUGCCGGGUAUGAGGCGCCACUCGCACCACUGUUGAGGCGUCCGGACCUGAACUUCUCUCAGAUGGUGCCGACGCUGAACCCUUGGACCCGCGACUCUGGGAAGUUGUUGGCGGCGCUGGGGCACAUGGGUGCUGUCUACAUCACCGACGAUGGCAACGGCUGGCUGCCGCACCAAAGCUUCGAGCGUUGGAGGGACCUCUGGCACGAAGCUCUUCUCCAUCCUUCAGCUUUCAGGAGGAGGCUCCAGGGUAGCGCCUGGCAGCUUCGCUUCUCUCAGGGUGAGGAUCUUCUCCGAACGCUUCAGGGCCACGAGAAGUUGCACACGCCAGAUGUUCGCUACAACUUCGGGCUCGGUGUCGAGUCACUGCAUGCGCAUCACUGGGGUGACCUGAAGUGGCUCUGCGAAGAGCUGAUCUCCUCCAUGGGCAUCAUCUCCAGUCUGGUCUUCAGGGAGCUGGCCGUCGCAGUCCCUCUACAAGACGAGCCUCCGAAAUCCCUAGGCUACUUGCUGCACCACGGAAUCGAGCAGUUUGCUGGAAGCCGCAUGCGCCACUCCGUGUAUCCCUUCAAUGGCUCCUGCACUGAGCACACGGACUAUGGCGUGGUCACCUUUCAGCAAAGCACUGCGGCUGGUCUUCAGGGGCAGCUGCCUGAUGGGAGAUGGGUCCCCUUGCACCCACCAGCUUCUGGGGGCAUUCUCUUCGCCGGUGACAUGCUGGAGCGGAUGACAAAUGGGCAGGUCCGGGCGUUGGUGCAUCGCGUGUGCCUGGAGCCAACCUCUGCUCGAUCUUCGACGCCGAUCGCCGUGCGACAGUCGCACAUCUUGUUCCUUCAGCCGGACAGGAAUACAGUGGUACGCCCCUUGCGGCCCUUCUGCACUGGCAACGAUCUGCCUCCAGUGCGAUAUGGUGACUGGCACAAGAGCAAAACCAGUCUUGCUUUUGCUCGGUGA